AGGAUAUUUGGUUAAUGUACAAGAAAGCAAAAGCUUCAUUCUGGACGGUCGAAGAAGUUGAUCUCUCGAAGGACCUACCACACUGGGAAUCUCUCAAGCGGGAGGAGAGAAAAUUCAUCUCUCACGUUUUGGCUUUCUUCGCGGCCAGCGACGGCAUUGUAAACGAAAACCUCCUUCAGCGUUUUACUCGAGAGGUUCAGGUACUUGAGGCGCGAUGCUUCUACGGGUUUCAGUUCACCAUGGAGAACAUUCACUCGGAAAUGUACAGCUUGUUGAUCGACACCUACAUCAGAUACCCGGAAGAGAGGACUUUUUUGUUUAACGCCAUUGAGACGCUACCUUGCAUCAAACAAAAGGCUGACUGGGCGCUAAACUGGAUUAAUUCGGAAACGUCCACCUACGGUGAGAGAGUCGUGGCCUUUGCCGCGGUGGAGGGGAUUUUCUUCUCGGGAUCUUUCGCCUCCAUCUUUUGGCUGAAAAAACUAUAA